AAGAGUGUUUACGUAGAAAAGAAGACCAUGCUUUUCUUUUAUUUGUUGCUUGUAUCCGUGUUUGCAACAACGCUAGCCAUGAGUGUACAAUGGCAUGGAAAGGCAGAUAUCGUUAUAAAAAACAUCACGGAUUUACAUACAAGUAGUAACAAAAUAGAUUACUUAAAAAAGUCCUUUUGAACCAAGAAUUGGCUCAAAAAGUGCAACUCGUGCAAAAUGUUGUACAAGUUAUGAAUGAUGUUCAGACUUUGAAAAACGAGGUCGACCGUCUGAAAACGGAAAACUUGGAUCUUAGGAUGGAAGUUGGCAACGUUUCAUCAAAAGUCGUGACUAGAACUGCACACAGAACCCGCAAUAUACGAACAAGAGAACACCUACAGCCUUUUGUGCCUAUUUUUCUAAAAAUUUCAAAUCCCCUCCAGCAGGUCAACCACUCAUCUUUGAUUCAGUAGAGACAAACUUUGGAAACGGAUUCGAGAGCACAACCGGAAUAUUCACUGCUCCAUCUUCCGGUUUAUAUGCGUUCACGUGGACCUUGCUUGCAGCUGGUACCCAUGUUGCUUGUUCCUCUGGGGAUUAUGGCGAAAUGACCGGGAUAUUAAAACCAAACGGUAUUGCAAAAGGAUGGGUAGUUGCUGAUACUGAAACAAAGUAUGAUUUAGGUGCUGGCACUGGCUUUGUUUUGUUGAGUGUGAAAGAGGGAGACAAAAUACAGAUUGUCAUUGGAUCUUGCGACGGUCAAGGUUCAAUACGCAGUGAUGGUAGUAAUGGCCGAACUACGUUCUCUGGAUUUCAGAUCAGCUAAUUACAUCUGAUUACAACUGUGGCGAGACUAACUUUACAACUAGAAGCAUAGAUCUAGACUCUAUUCAAUCUGCCAUUUACUCGAUUGAAUUCUAAUAUCAGGAAAUCCUAUGAAUGGAUAUUUGUUUGCCGAAACGCCUACAUGUAAUAUUUUGAAUGCCUCUAUUUUACUAUAUAAUACAAGAACCGAUAAUAAAAAUAAACUCAAUGUUUAGGUCCAUAAUGAAAAAUGCUAAUUUACGAAAAUGUAGAUACGAGGCUAUAAACACUACACUCUUGGGAAAAAAAUCAAAGUAAUAUGCUAGAGUUCCUCAUUGACAAUAUAUUCGUGGUCUUUGGUGAUCAGGUCUUCCAACAGUCUGUUGGAAUUCCCAUGGGCACGAAUUGUGCUCCUUUGUUAGCUGACCUGUUUUUAUAUUCAUAUGAAGCAGAAUUUAUUCAAAAACUUCUACGUGAGAAGAAAAAAUCUCUCGCUGUGACCUUCAAUUCGACUUUUAGAUAUAUCGAUGACGUUUUGUCUAUUAACAAUGAUAGCUUUCAUUCAUAUGUCGAUUUGAUAUAUCCCUGUGAGCUCGAAAUAAAGGACACCACAGAGUCGUCCACUUCUGCUUCAUACUUAGAUAUUUUAUUGAAAGUAGACAUUAACGGCAAACUGACAACUCAACUGUAUGACAUACGGAAUGAUUUCAGCUUCUCCAUCGUCAACUUCCCACAUUUAUGUAGCAAUAUUCCAUUAUCACCUGCAUAUGGUGUUUAUAUAUCUCAACUGAUUCGAUAUGCAAGAGCUUGUUCUGGGUAUAGUAAGUUUUUAAAUCGAGGUAAGCUACUGACAAACAAGUUGAUGGUACAGGGAUUUCAACAGUCUCGAUUGAAGUCAGCAUUUCGCAAAUUCUAUGGUCGUUAUAACGAUCUAGUUCGUCAAUAUAACCUCGCAUUGGGUCAAAUGCUGUCUGACGUGUUUCAUACCGAUUGUUAAGCCGUUCUUGGCACACUGAUUUUGACUGCGGAUAACUCCAUUUACCUGAUCAGGAUAUGGUACUCACGGCGGGUGUGACCGGUCAACAGGGGAUGCUUACUCCUCCUAGGCACCUGAUCCCACCUCUGGUGUGUCCAGGGGUCCGUGUUUGCCCAACUAUCUAUUUUGUAUUGCUUGUAGGAGUUAUGAGAUUGAUCACUGUUCGUUAUCUUCACCUUGCAUAGUACACUGUAAAUCCAGAACUGUAACUCUAUGGAAAGAUAUUGAGACAGACUAGAGAGCUACAGAUCCACCCCUCAUGAAAACCUUCGAUUUACGGCGCAUUAAAAUUUGCACAGCGUUUAGACUUUCUAUCGCGGAUUUCUUGACGUCUCAAAAACGUAAUAUAAAAAUCUCUCUAAUAUAUUUUCGCACAAUACUUGUGUGCAGAUAUGCAGAAAUGAAUUUGGAAAAAUGCCUAUUAUCUUAUGGUCGACUUUUAGCUGGGUCUUGGCACUAAACGACUAAAAAGAAUGUUUGAGCAUGGCAACAAGCUAUUACAUAAAAUGUAUAGCAUUAUAUAUCAUUUCUAAAAUGAUUUUAUUUACCCCAAUUCAUAAACUGAAGUCCGUGAUACCUCCAAGUGACGGAAAAUUUCAAAACCGUCUGCAAUUUCACUUAUUACAGCCAUUUUGACCGUGUCGCUAACUUCCCAAAUCAACGUCAUUAUUUUAAAUGACAAACGUCUGUGUUAAUUCGAUUUGGAUUAAAAAAAAAAAGAAUUAGAAAGACAUUUGUAUCUUUAUGAAGACUUGUUAUUUUAGCCUUUCGGACGUACUCUAGGCUUGAGCUUGAGUCAUGAUCAAAACAUCGGGAUUUUACGAGGGGUCACGAGUUUUAGCGUGCAUAUUUGGUUUUUUAUUUCUUAAAACAUUAAGUGUUAGUGUAUCCGAUAAACAAAGAAAUGUUUUACAUGACUUUAUAGAUAAUCAAACGACAAAACUGGUCGCUGUAUAAUCGAUGAAUUGAAUAACAACCGGACAACUGGCCGCCCGUGACAUGCCAUUUUCUGAGGCUCCUUCUUUAUCUUUGAGGUUAGGGCUUCUCCAGAUAAGAUUUCAAAAGUUUUUUAUUAGGUAAAGCGAGAGAUUUGAAAAAGUGUAUUUUGUUAGAUAACAUUUGCUCUAGUUUACAAAGUGUAGCGCGCUCAUCGUAUAAACUUACGAUAUUGAUGUUGUACAAGAGCUAGAAAUGGCGGCGGACACUUCCCUGUCACUUCAUAUUUCGCAGUAUACAGGCAACAACAAUUAUGUAAAUAAUUGCAUUUAUGUGUUGAAUGCUGUUUUUUUUUUUUUUGCAUGUAAAUGUUAGUAAGUUAAUAUACUUUUUGUAUUGUUUGAUUUUUCUUUAUAUGUAAUGUUACUGGUCUUCUCUCAGGUCUUGCAGGUGUCAGGUGCAUUAUUAUGUAAUUUUUCCCAGUUCUGCAGUUGCGGCAGACUUGUUACGCAAUUCCGAAAUUUUCCAUGGCCAAAUCUUACCCCAUUGUCUGAUAACAGCCAAUCAAAAUUUAUUAUCGUUGUCACGUGUUCUGAUGCUGUCGGUAACUGACCAGUCAGCCUUGGGUCAUUCUCGCUUCAUCGAAGCUAUUGAUAGCCUAAAAAAAUUUGGCACAGUAAUUGAAUAAAACAAAUUGAACUUAAACGAUUUCUGGAAAAUCGGCGUCAUAAUCAUUGUAAGUGCUUUGCAACGCAUUAUUGUGGGUUUUAGUGAAUAUGAUCGACUAUCAUUUUGAGCUGGUUCCGGUCGGGGUACAACAAUGAACGCAAUAGACGUGUGUGUGGUAGGACAUUCUUAUAUCCGAAGACUCAAGGAGUAUUGUGCUCGGACAGGGACUGGAAAUUUGGAUUUGGAUCCAUGUGCAUUCAAUAUCACUUUCAGAGGCAAAGGAGGACUGAAAUCGAGGAGAUGUGAUUCGCGCUCUGAACUUCUAUGUUUUGACAUUGUCCCUGAUAUUGUGUUUUUGCAAAUCGGCGAGAAUGAUAUUGCUGCAACUACGAACAGUAAGAAAUUAGCUGAGGAUAUAAUUUCAAUCGCGCAAUAUCUUUGUGAUGGAGUCGGGGUCAGAUUAGUCAUCAUUGGCCAGUUGAUUCGCCGCAUGCAAUUUGCGUCAUGUAGAUACUUCAAUAUCACGGUGAUAGAGACGAAUCAACAUUUGAAACAGCUAAGUGACCCCCUGUGUAGUAUCCAUUACUGGAGUCAUAGAGGGUUUUGAAAUGACCUGCAUUAUCUCGGCCCAGAUGGUGUCCAUUUGCUCUGUACCCCCGACGAGGAUCAGCCCAUGAGAAAAUAUCGCCGCAGUAUCAGGAAUGCGGUGAUACUGCUUUCAAAACUUAUAAGGAACAAUGCCACCAAAGAAAAGAAAUAAGAAAGGUGAUUCCUCGGUGGGAGAGCAGUACAACUCCUCUGUUGCCAUGAACGCAAGGAAAAGGCGAAAACAAACAACCCAUCAAGAGCAAGACACUGUGACACAGAGUGUAAUGCCGAACAUUGACUAUGCUUUACUGGCAAAACACAUUCUCGAAUAACAAAAAGUGCCAGCCAGUGAGACUGGACUUGCUGAGGCAAACCUUGUAAGCCAAGAGGAAGCAACAGCACCUACCAAUCUUGGCACAAAGCCAGAAUCCACCAGUGGGCUACUGAACCCUGCAACAAAUUCAAUUUCUACUGAGGGUACUCUACAAGCUAGUGCCAUGGUCCCAGCUUCUGCACUUGGAGCCCUUCUGGACAAUGUGUUCACAGAAUGUGAGGGAGGUAGCGCCAUUCUUAGAACAACAAGCAACGGUCAUUCCUCCACAGCUAUUACAGCUUUGACCUCAACCACUCGUUCGAUCCUGGUGGCAGCUCUAUCCCCCUCUGCACGCUCUUCAUAUAGAAAUUCUUGGCAAAUUUUCCUCACUUACAGAAAUGAUCCAGCGUCUCUACCAUUACUAACCAUAGACAUUUGUAACUUUAUUGGGUUUCUAUUUGAAAAACAGUACAGUUCUAGUAGCAUUGUUUCACAUAUAUCAGCAUUAAGUUAUGUACACAAAAUUGUAAAUAUGCCUGAUCCAACUCAAACUUUUAUUGUUCGCAAAUUACUGAAAGGUUGUCACAAGCUACUACCCUCUCAGGAUGCGAGAUUACCAAUAACAAAAAACAUAAUGCACAAAAUCUUGGCUGCAAUAGUCUUUACUGUUCCACAAGCGUUAAAUCGGGUCCUUUUGCAAGCUCUUUUUCUUUUAUGUUUUAAUGCUUUUUUACGCUUAGGGGAAAUUAUGUCAAAAACCCUAGCUGAUAAGGAUAAAAUAGUUCAAGUACAGGACAUUACUUUCUCUGGAGAUGAGUGCAAUCCUUCAACUCUUCAAAUUGUUCUUAGACAUCAUAAAUCACAAAAGAAAAAUGAACCCAUCACUAUAUCUAUUCAAGCCAGUCCUAAUUUUCAGUUUUGUCCAGUGCAUUAUCUUCAUAGGUAUAAAGCAAUAUUUCCCCAUGCUUCAGGCCCCCUUUUCCAGUUUAUCAAUGGCACUCCAGUCACUUAUUCUUAUGUCAGUAAUGAACUUUCAAAAGCAAUUGCUUUCGCAGGUCUUGAUCCAAAACGAUAUAAAGGACACAGUUUUCGAAUAGGUGCAACAACACAUGCAGCACAAUUAGGCUAUUCAGAGAGUUUCAUUCAACAUUUAGGCAGAUGGAACUCAAAUGUUUUGCAUAGAUAUAUUAGGAUUAAGUCUUUCCAGUUGUAAUAAGGAAUAGAUACCCCACCCCUCCCCUUUCCUAUUUCAUCCUAAUCCGCUGCAGGUCAGUGUUUAACUGUUGCUAUAGAUUUAGGAUGCAGGUCAGUGUUUAACUGCUGCUAUUGAUUAGGAUGCAGGUCAGUGUUUAACUGCUGCUUAAAUUACAUUUAAGAUUGGCACAGGUAGUUAAAAAAGGGUGUGUCUCUUGCUCUCAGUAUAUGCUUGUUUAUAGUAUGUAUAUAUUUGUAACAAAUUGUGCAAUACAGGUUGCUUUAUUGUUGCCAUAAUUUAGUUGUUUUUUGUUUGUUUAUUUCUGUAGUCUUUUGAUUUUUGUUAAGACAAGCUAGAUACAUUUUACUUGUCAAGUCAUUCUGGUUAGAUAAUUAAAGAUAAUGACUGCCUGCUGGUUCCAUCUACCGGAUAAUUUUUAUAUGUAUAUCAUAGUCAUAUAUUCUCCAUCGUCAACUUCCCACAUUUAUGUAGCAAUAUUCCAUUAUCACCUGCAUAUGGUGUUUAUAUAUCUCAACUGAUUCGAUAUGCAAGAGCUUGUUUUGCGUAUAGUCAGUUUUUAAAUCGAGGUAAGGUACUGACAAACAAGUUGAUGGUACAGGGAUUUCAACAGUCUCGAUUGAAGUCAGCAUUUCGCAAAUUAUAUGGUCGUUAUAACGAUCUAGUUCGUCAAUACAAUCUCGCAUAGGGUCAAAUGCUGUCUGACGUGUUUCAUACCGAUUGUUAAGCCGUUCUUGGCACACUGAUUUUGACUGCGGAUAACUCCGUUUACCUGAUCAGGAUAUGGGGCUCACGGCGGGUGUGACUGGUCAACAGGGGAUGCUUACUCCUCCUAGGCACCUGAUCCCACCUCUGGUGUGUCCAGGGGUCCGUGUUUGCCCAACUAUCUAUUUUGUAUUGCUUGUAGGAGUUAUGAGAUUGAUCACUGUUCGUUAUCUUCACCUUGCAUAUUUACAGUAUACAGUUAUGAACGCUAAGCAGAUUGCCAGGUCAGUGUUUAACUGCUGGUACAGUUAAAUAUGGUGAACAGUUAUUCAGUUUAUUUUCUUUAUUCAUAUAACAUAAACCAGAGAAGUAUUGAAUAUUCUGUGCACAACCUCACCUUGGAUGGCACAAUGUGAGUGCCAAAUUCUGUUUGGCCGCUCACAUUUUGGUGGCCUUUGUACUUUUGAUGUGCCAUCUUUUUGCUGUAGACCAAAUCAAUUUUAUAAUUUUUGCAUAUAUUGUUCUUCCGUAAAUUUAGGGGAUCAGCCGAUUGAUAUGUCAUUAUGUAUUGUGUGAAUAGUUUUUGGUCUGAUCCCCUUAUUAUAUUAUGUAUAUAUUUUUCCUUAUUUGCGUCAUUUGAAUAAAUGACAUAUUUCAUCUCCACAGUGGUGUUGAUGUUAUUGAUCUAAACUCAGCAAAAACGGAGCUGCGGUGAGUUUGUGCAGCAUGAGGAAACAUAAAUCCGUUUGAACAUAUUUUGAAAACAAAAUAAAAUAUUCUAUUUCAAAAAUGACCAAACUCAAAUGAUUUGAAAGUAAUGUUUUCAAUAA